CAAACGCUGAUAUAUAUAUAUAUAUAUAGAGUGAGAAAAAGGCGAACCGACCUCCUACAAUGGCGUCUAGGGUUUCGAUUUGUGUCUUCAUUUUCCUACUCUCUGUCACCGCUUCGUCGUUUUGGGGGACAUCUGCUUCCGAGAGUGAGAAUUCCGGGGAGAAGGAGUUCGUUCUCACUCUAGAUCACUCCAACUUUUCUGAGACCGUUGGCAAACACGACUUCGUCGUCGUCGAGUUCUACGCUCCAUGGUGUGGGCACUGCAAGAAACUUGCUCCAGAGUAUGAGAAAGCUGCUUCUAUAUUGAGUAGUCAUGAUACUCCACUGAUUCUUGCGAAAGUUGAUGCCAAUGAAGAACAAAACAAAGCAAUUGCAAAUGAUUUUGAAAUUAGGGGUUUCCCCACAAUUAAGAUCUUGCGAAAUGGAGGGAAGAGCGUUCAAGAUUACAAAGGACCUCGGGAUGCAGAUGGAAUUGUUGAUUAUUUGAAGAAACAGAGUGGUCCUGCAUCUGUUGAAAUAAAAUCUGUGGAAGAUGCUACUGGCCUUAUUGAUGACAAAAAGAUUAUUAUUGUCGGAGUGUUCCCAGAAUUCUCAGGGGAGAAGUUUGAGAAUUUCACAGCUCUAGCUGAGAAAUUGCGUUCCGAGUAUGAAUUUGGUCACACUUUGAAUGCAAAACUCCUGCCACGUGGGGAAUCAUCAGUGUCGGCGCCUGUUGUUAGGUUGUUCAAGCCAUUCGAUGAACAGUUUGUUGAUUUUCAGGAUUUUAAUGUGGAUGCUUUAGAGAAGUCCAUUGAAGAAGCUAGUGUACCAAUUGUAACUCUUUUUAACAAAGACCCUAACAAUCACCCCUUUGUUGUCAAAUUCUUCAACGGUCCUGAUGCCAAGGCUAUGUUGUUUAUUAACUUUAGCAGUGACAAUUUGGAAUCUUUUAAAUCAAAAUAUCACGAAGUUGCGGAGCAAUACAGAGGAAAGGGAAUAAAUUUUCUAAUGGGAGAUCUUGAGGCUAGUCAAGGUGCCUUCCAGUAUUUUGGACUCAAAGAAGACCAGGUGCCACUCAUCGUUAUACAGACCAAUGAUGGACAGAAAUAUCUUAAACCGAAUGUGGAGCCUGAUACAAUUGCAUCUUGGGUUAAGGAAUACAAGGAAGGGAACGUGCUACCAUACAGAAAGUCUGAACCUAUACCUGAAGUUAACGACGAGCCUGUCAAGGUUGUAGUUGCUGACAGCUUCUAUGACAUAGUUCUCAAACCUGGGAAAAAUGUUCUGCUGGAGUUCUAUGCUCCCUGGUGUGGUCAUUGCAAAAAGUUGGCACCAAUUUUGGAUGAAGUUGCUCUCUCGCUUCAAAACGAUGCAGAUGUUGUCAUUGCUAAGAUUGAUGCUACUGCAAAUGAUAUCCCAAAUGAUACUUUCGAUGUCAAAGGAUACCCGACUCUGUACUUCAAGUCAGCAAGUGGAAAUUUGUCGCAGUACGAUGGUGAUAGGACCAAGGAAGAUAUUAUUGAUUAUAUUCAGAAGAAUCGGGAUAAAGCCACUGAGCAAGAAUCUGUAAAAGAUUCCGGAAAAGAUUCCGGAAAAGAUGAGUUGUAAUGAAGGUAAAGAGCAGAGGCUUAUUUCUAUGGGAAGAAAGUUGCAAGCAUGAUGGCAGUUAGUUGUAUACAUGUUUGACGGCUAUACUAAACUAUAGCAGCUAGAGAACUACUUUAGAUCUCCAUCAAAACUGAAAGCUCUGUUCCCCGAAUAAAGUUAGUUGGAGCUCGUUUUGUAAUGUGUAGCUGCUGCAGUAAUUUUCAGUUUUGUGCUAAAUAUAAUUUAGAAGGCUUAAUAUUUUAAAUCUCGUGCACUUUUUUGGAAAGGAAA